AUGAACACUACCCGGAGAUCAACGGUUCGAGUCACGUCGGCAGCAUUUCAACGCCGUCUUGAGCCGGAGCCAGAACCGGCGGUGAAGAAGUUCUUCAAGAUUAUUCGCCUUUCAACAACCAAGGAAAAAAAGAUGAAGAUUCCGGAAAGAUUUGUGAGAUUAGGUCCUAAACUCUCUGACAAAGUGACUGUCGAAACUCCUGUUGGUUUCAAGCGUUCGAUUGGGAUCAAACGAAUAGGUGAUGAGGUUUGGUUCGAUGAAGGUUGGAGUGAGUUUGCAAAGGCUCAUUCUUUAAGUGAAGGUCAUUUUCUGCUUUUUCACUACACUGGGAACUCAAGUUUCCGUGUUAUCAUCUUUGGUGCUUCUGCUACUGAGAUGAAAUAUCCACUGGACGAAGUUAAUGAUCUCGGGAGUGAUGAUGAUGAUGAGAUGGUGGAAGUUAAAGAUGGUAAAGAAGAAGAAGAAGAAGAGCUUACUCGAAGUGAAACUAGUGAUGAUGAUGAUUCGAGUGAAGGAGUGAUUGAUUUGGAUGAGUUGUUGAAGGAGAAACCAAGCGUCUCCAAUAUCAAGACUGAACACGUUACACUUGAUGAUGAUGAUGAAGACAACAGAACCUGGAAGGGUUGA